AGGGCGGCGACUGGGGCCGGGGCGGAGCUGAGCUCCGGGCCGCGGCGGCUCCUGGGGGCCGAGGCGAGAGGGCGAUCUGCCGGGGCUGCGACGGCUGGAGGCACCGCGCAACAGAUCCCAAUGAUGGAGGCAGGAUCUGUGGUACGGGCUGUCUUUGACUUCUGCCCCAGUGUCUCCGAAGAGUUGCCGCUGUUUGUGGGGGAUGUCAUAGAAGUGUUAGCAGUCAUAGACGAAUUCUGGCUCCUUGGGAAGAAGGAAGGAGUCACAGGACAGUUUCCCAGCAGCUUUGUGGAACCCAUGGAAGUUCCUGCUUUGAAACAAGGAGAAAAGCUGUUUGUUUGCACCAGCAAUUUUACUUCCCAGGAGCCUGGCAGCCUCAGCUUGCAGAGAGGAGACCUAGUGAUUCUGGAAGGUUCUGCGUCUUCUCCUUGGCCCCAAGGCCGAAGCUGUUUGGGAGCCAGAGGCUUCUUCCCCUCAUCAUGCGUGCGAGAACUCUGCCUCUCAGCCUUCGGCCCUCGAUCGCCUUACGGCACCACCCUGGAGAUGCCACCCUAUGCCCUGGGCCAGGCCCGAGCGCUGAUGAGCCUCUCAGCCCAGCUGGAGGAGGAGCUAGACUUCCGGGAAGGGGAUAUGAUUACCAUUGUGGGGAUCCCUGAGCCUGGAUGGUUUGAAGGAGAGCUCGGGGGUCGCCAAGGUAUCUUCCCUGAGGGGUUCGUAGAGCUUUUGGGUCCGCUAAAAGCCAAGGUUGGUCCAGAGGAGCCCGGGACCUCAGAAAUCCACAGCGUUAAUGGGGUGAAAGGAACAUACCCUCAGCCUGAGGAGAAGGCAUGGAGUGAUGGUGAGGAGUUUCUGGGGCCUUAUGGGAUCGCUCUCUAUCAGUUCCAAGCCCUGGAGUCAGCAGAGCUGGACUUUGAGGUGGGAGACAGGAUUCGGAUUCUGGAAGUCCUGGAAGAUGGUUGGCUGGAGGGGGAGCUUCGAGGGAGACGUGGGAUCUUCCCUCACAGGUUUGUGAGGUUGGAGGAGAGCAGUUCUCCAGCUAGGGAGAAAUGGGAAUCUGGGUGUCUGCCAAAGGACAUGGACUCUGAGGUGGUCAGCACCCCCAAAGCAGGUCCUCCUGCCAUGUGGGAGGAGCCUGGACAGAGCCCGGCCUGCACUGAGGAGAAGCCUGGCCACCUUGCUGUACAUGAAGACCAUUUGGACUCUGAGCUCAAAGAGAAUGAAAUGCUCAGCCGCCCAAAUGAAGGCUGCCUGGAAUCUUUUCCCUCAGAUAGGUCAAUCUCUCCCUCGGUGGACCCUAUCCAAGCCGUAAAUGGAGUUUCCUUCAUACCUCAGCCUGCUCUUCAGCCAAAGGGCCAACUCUGUGGUCAGGUGAGUAAUGCAGAGUCCAACCAGAGCUCAAGGACCUCAUGGAGCCACUCAGAGGCCUACAAGUCCUUGGAGUGGGACAGAGAGGCUCACAGUCCUUCCCACAAGAACAUGCGCUGCGAGGACUUGGCUGCUUACGUGGACAUCCAGCGGCGGAAGCCCAAAUCCCGCUCUUCCAGCUUCAGUGGGACCCAUGAGGGCCUGGACACUUGGCCUGUCUGUCGUGGUGCUCGGGCCGAGCGCCCCCAAGGGGUGCUCCAUGGGGAGAGCUGUGGAGACCUCGAUUCCAAACUGACAGAGCAGCUGGCUCAGUUUGAGCAGAGCCUGGCAGGCCCCAUUAGCCAUGGCAGCUGUGGGACCCCCCAGCACGAUAGCACCUCCCGGCACUUUUCCAUCCUGGAUUUCAGCUCUGAGAAGGACAUCGUACGCGGUUCAGUGCAGCACACUCCACCGAGGAGGAAGGUGCUGCGGCCACCACCUCCUCGGCCUAGCACCCCAGUCUCUGCCUCACUUCAUUCGCCUGCAGGCCACAGCCCCAAAACUACACCUCCCUCUCAGGCUCUGCCAACCUCUAUGAGGCCGUCCAGGCCAGCGCCGCUUCCACCUCCCAGCAGCCAGAGGAGGAGCCCAGCUCCUGCCAAGCUGCAGCCAGGGAGCAAAGAGAGACAAGGCAGCAGCGACGAGCCGAGAGGUGCAUCUCCGUGCCACUUCCUGCUGAACCGUAUCCAGGAACUGGAGCGAGAACUGGAUGUUUACAGCAAGACCCGUGCGGAGCUCAGCACAAUGCUGGAGCAGCCACAGGGUGGGCUUGGGCGAGCGGAGACUUUGGAAAACCUGGAGUUUUGCGACUGCAAAAUGUCCAGCCUGCACUUGGAACUGCAAGAGCUGAAAGAAAUGACUCUGCUCUCCUCCCAGCCGGCAUCACUGGAGUCUGCGGCCACUGCAGCCACCACUCCUAACCCAGAGCAAAGGAUGUUGGAGAAGAGGGCAAAGGUCAUUGAAGAGCUGCUGCAGACAGAGCAGGAUUACAUCCGGGACCUUGAGAUGUCUGUGCAGAUGGUCCUGGUGCCGCUGCAGGAGGCACAGGUGCCACAGGUAGACUGUGAGGGGCUGUUUGGAAACAUCCACGGUGUCAUUGCCUUCUCUAAGCAGUUGCUGAGCACCCUGAAAGCUGCAGAUGCUGUUGGGCCAACAUUCCUGGCAUUUCGGGCUGAGCUGGAGGAUGUGUACAAAGUCUACUGCCAGAACCAUGACGAGGCCAUUGCCCUUCUGGAGGCCUAUGAGAAGGAUGAGCGGGUCCAGAAGCAUCUGCUGGAGUCCCUGGAGAGCCUCAGGAGUCUGUACACUGAAUGGGGCUGCACCAACUACAUUGACCUGGGCUCCUUCCUGAUCAAGCCCGUUCAGCGUGUGAUGCGCUACCCACUGCUGCUGAUGGAGCUUCUGGGCGCCACACCUGAGUCUCAUCCUGACCGUGCUCCCCUGGCAGCGGCUGUCCUUGCUGUCAAGGAGAUCAACUGCAACAUCAAUGAGUCCAAAAGGCGAAAGGACCUGGUGCUGAAGUACCGGAAGACUGAUGACGACAGCCUCAUUGAGAAGAUCUCCAAGCUCAACUUCCAUUCCAUCAUCAAGAAAUCCAAUCGUGUCAGCAGCCACCUCAAGCACCUCACAGGUUUUGCACCGCAGCUCAAAGAUGAGGCUUUUGAAGAGACCGAGAAGAACUUUCGAAUGCAGGAGCGGCUGAUUAAAUCUUUCAUCCGGGACCUUUCUCUCUACCUUCAGCAUGUCCGGGAGUCUGCCUGUGUUAAAGUGACAGCAGCACUGAGUAUGUGGGACCUGUGCAUGGAGAAAGGCAGUGCUGAGUUGGAACAGUUCCAGAAGGUCCACCGUCUCAUCAGCGACCAGCUCUUCUCUGAUUUCAAGGAGCGCACAGAGCGGCUGGUGUUCUCCCCUCUGAAUCAGCUGCUGAACAUGUUUUCCGGGCCUCACAAACUCGUGCAGAAACGUUUCGACAAGCUCCUGGACUUCCACACAUGCACAGAGCGGGCGGAAAGGCUGAAGGACAAGCGGACCUUGGAAGAACUGCAGUCGGCUCGCAACAAUUACGAGGCCUUGAACAUGCAGCUGCUGGAUGAGUUGCCCAAAUUCCAGUGCUGCGCCAAGGAGCUCUUCACCAGCUGCCUGCGCGGCUACGCGGAGGCCCACUGUGACUUUGUGCACCUGGCGUUGCAGGAACUGCAGCCUCUGCUUUCCCUGCUGCGGGUGGUUGGCAAAGAGGGCAAUCUGGUUGCCAUCUUCCAGGAAGAGCAUAGCCGCGUCCUCCAGCAGCUGCAGGUCUUCACUUUCUUCCCCGAGAGCACCCCCGCUGCCAAAAAGCCCUUUGAGAGGAAAAGCCUGGAGCGCCAGUCAGCACGGAGGCAGCCGCUUCUGGGAAUGCCCAGCUACAUGCUGCAGUCGGACGACCUCCGCGCCGCCUUGCUGUCUCGGUACCCCCCCGACAAGCUCUUCCAGGCUGAGCGCAAUGUCAACGCCGCUCAAGAGUUGGACAUUUCAUUGCUGGAGGGUGACCUGGUGGGGGUGCUUAAGAAGAAGGACCCCAUGGGCAGUCAGAACCGCUGGCUCAUUGACAAUGGAGUGACCAAGGGCUUUGUGUACAGCUCCUUCCUGAAGCCAUACAACCCACGAUGCAGCCACUCAAAUGUUUCUGUGGGCAGCCAUUCCUCGAGUGAAUCCGAGCACAGCGGCUCCUCAUCUCGUGGCAGCAGCACGCCAAGCAGCAUAGUGAGCAACGCAUCUGCGAACAGCCCUCAGAAACCUCCGCAGGACUCUGGCUUCCAAGGGGAUUUAAUGAGCUCCCUGCAGGCCCUUUCAGAGGUGGAUGCUGCUGAACAACCUAAGACUGGUCCUGUAGACUCUGCUCAGCCACCCCGGGCCAUUCCGGCAUCCCGCCGAUACAGUAACCCCGACCCACGCAAUGGGCUUCCGGCCCGGCCCAAGGCCAGGGCGACACCUUCGCUGGAGAAUGGCAACUUGAGGCCAAGGACCAGCGAGUCUAAGGGGAACCAGGUCUACUAUGCUGUUUACACUUUUACGGGACGGAACUCAAAUGAACUGAGCGUCACCGCCAAUCAGAGACUAAGGAUUCUGCAGUUCGAAGACAUCACAGGGAACCAGGAGUGGUGGUUGGCAGAGGCACACGGGAAGCGGGGCUACGUGCCGUCCAGCUACAUUCGGAAGACUGAGUACACGUGAAGCAUGCUUGUCUGGAGUUGCCAGGAACUGCUGCCUUAAUCGCUGUUGGAGCCAGGCUGAAGAGGGAGGCCUUGUGCUCUCCAUCCGCUUCCCCUGUGGUUUCAAUUGGAUACAUUUUGGGGGAGCCAAACCAGGUUUCCCGUGAAGUUGAAUGAAGUGCUUCCAGGGGGUUCUGCUGUUUUACCCUAAUGAGACUGAACCUCUCUGUGCCUGGUCCUGAGGGGCAGUGCCCCUCGCCUCAAGCAUUGCCGUGUGGAGUUUAUUCCCCCUUGAAGUAGGUGUUUAGUAUCCUUUGACUAACAAGUUUCAGACUAGCGGCCGAUUAUGCAACUGUGAGGCAUCUGGCAAAUGGUAACCCAGGGGGCUCAGUGUGCCCUGUCAGAUCAGUCUAAGGAUCCAUCUUACCUGCUUCCCAGUAACCAUCCUCACGCUUCUAGGAGCCCACUAGCAGAGCCUGCAGGCAAUGGCCCCUCAUCUGCCCAUUUGUCCCCCAGCAAUUGGUAUGCAAAAGUCUGCGCUGUCUCUGAACUUAGAUGUUCCAUUUAGCUAUCAUGGCAUGAAACAGUUGCAAGACUGAAGAUCCACUACAGUAGUGGAUCUAAUACAAAGACAGGUUGCAAUUUUGUUUUCCUACAGACUGCAAUGUUGUAUGCAAGGGUGCUGGAGAUUAGCUACUGAAAACGAGAGCGCUUCCUUUCUCUCAGUGUUACUUGGCAUUGGCUGUUGCAAAGUGCAUAAGGGCUCCUUCACGCAGCUUCAGAUGGGGUCUGGUGGCACACCUUGAAUGCCGCUCUGUGUGUGUGUGUGUGUGUGUGUAUGUACAUACUGCUAGGACCACCUUGCCCCAAGUCAAGAGUUUUUUUUUGGGGGGGGUAUUCCUGCUCCAAGUUAAAAGAGCAGAGAAUAACAGCUGCAUUGUGCCUCCUGAGCUGCUGUUUUGUAAAUAAAAACUUUUUCUGACAUA